UCUUGAAAAUAAACAAAAAUUAAACGAUUACAAGAGAAAUUUUUCAAUAUGAAAUACCUUUUGUACUUUGCACUUUUGUUACUUGUAAUUCGAUUGAAUUUUGCAUUUCCUGUCGGUAUGUAUGAUGAAUACAACGAAUUUGAGGAUAAUUAUGAUUACGAUGAUGAUCCGUGGUAUACUUAUGAUUUACCUAAAUCUGAUACACCCGAUGUUCAUUCUAUUCAUAAGAAAGACAAUAUCAACAAACCAAUAUUCAAUCCACGGAAACGGCGAGACCGACGCAAACAACUUCGAGCAUCGUACACUGAGCUACACACCUUGCAAUAUUGUUGGAAUCAGCAUGAUAGUUGCGAUAGCAUCGGUGCACAAGAUACUAAAUAUGGUCUAACAAAUAGCGAAAAUCGUCGAUUCUGGCAUUGCAAUUGUGAUAUGGAAUUUUACCAUUGUUUGCAUCGCGUUAAUUCAACACUUUCAAAUAAUAUCGGUGAAAUGAAUUUUAACUACAAUUAUCGUUGCUAUCGUUUUGAUAUGAAAAUUAAGAAAUGCAACGAAUAUGCCACAAAUCCCCAUACCCUGCAAGAACGUUGUAUCCAAUAUCAAUUGAAUUUAAAUUCACCGAGAAAAACUCAAUGGUUCGAUUUACCGUUUUAUUCAGGAAAAACAUUAAAACAUCCGUUGUUUGUUGUAGGUUAA